CAGCUGCCUUUUUCUCCUUACCCAACUCAACCAUCAACACAACUGUCUCUCACCCUCUCUUCCACCGUCCUCCCUCUCUCUUUGCGUCCGUAGCUCACGACUCCCUUUCUCUCUCUCUCUCUGGGCUAAGAUUGCUACUCAGAGCGUUCUUUCCCUUUGCGAGGCGAUGGCGGCGGUGGCCACUCCGUCGUCGGGUCUCCGGCGGAUUCAGUUCUUGCGCGUCCAAGAUCGACGCAAACCCCUGAAAAGACUCGCCUCCGCCGCUACGAAAGAUGGGUCGGCGACAUCCUCGGAGGCCGAAGAGGAUAAAGGCGUUUCCGUUGAGCUUCGUCCGGCCCCAAGAUUCCCUCAGCUUGAGACAUCUUCCAGUCAGCCUAACCUGGCGCCGAGAAUUCCUCGAAUCGAGGCCUCUUCCAAUGGAUCAAACCUUCGGUUCGACCGUCUGCAGCCUUCGGAUGAAGAAUUCUCUUGCGAGCACAGACGGGCCUUUGGGCGUUUUGUUGCACGGGAGGCCCUUCUUGAUGAAGAACUUUGGACGGCGGCAUGGCUAAGGGCAGAGAGUCAAUGGGAGGAUCGCUCAGAUGUUCGCUACGUUGAGACUUACAAACGCCAAUUUGCUGAUCAGGAAUUUAAUGCUUUAAAGAAGAGAUGCAGUAGGCAGCAUGCGGAGAAGUGUGUCUGCAUUGUUGCGAUAAGGAAGGAUGAGAAAAAUGUCAAGCGGACUGUGUUGAAGAGCAUAGUUGGGACCUUGGAUUUGAGCGUACGACAGCUUCUUUGUGGAGAGACAUUUCCUGGAGAGUGCUUGAAGCCACCAGCUUCCUCCAAUUUCUACCGAGCAGAUCAACCAAGAUAUGCAUAUGUCGCAAACUUAUGUGUUGCCAAGCAUGCUCGUCGACAAGGCAUUGCGACAAACAUGUUAUUAUUAGCUAUUGAUGCAGCCGUUUCAUAUGGUACCCACAGGAUAUUUGUACAUGUGCACAAGAACAACACGGGGGCUCAGAAACUCUAUGAUCGAAUAGGAUUUCAGAUGGUCAAAAAGGCUGUUCCUCAUUUACUGGCAGACGACAAGCACUUACUGUGCUUGAAGGUUAAAUCUGAUUCCAGCAGUUGACUUCCUAUGUUCUUAUAAGCCAGCUUCAACACAAGCUGUGAAUCUUUUGUAUUCAUGGAAUCAAGUAUAGUUUGACAGAAAAAAUACUGCUACUUGUUGUAUUUUGUCUACACAUAGUGGCAUCCUUUGUUUUCAUGGAAUCAAGUUUUGCCUUCUUUUUUCA